AUGGAUGACGAUAAUUUGAAUGGUUAUGAAGAAUAUGGUUAUGUGUUAAAUAAUGAUUCUGAAAGUAAUGUUACUCAGAGUAGUAAACUUAACCUUAGCAGUCCUUUACAUUUGCAUCCUAAUGAUUCUUCUACUCUUUCUGUUGUUUCUAUAAAGCUAAAAGGAACUGAAAAUUAUCAAAUCUGGAGUUGUGCUAUGAUUCUGGCUUUAGAAGCAAAAAAUAAGAUAGGUUUUGUUGAGGGAACUUGUAGGAGGUCUAAUACUAAUGAAGUGUUAGGAAAACAAUGGGAUAGGUGUAAUGCAGUUGUGCUUUUUUGGAUUCUUAACUCUAUUAAUGAAGAAUUGUAUUUAGGGCAAAUCUUUAGUAGGAAAGCCAGUCUUGUUUGGAAAGAAUUAAAAGAAACUUAUGACAAAGUAGAUGGUUAUGUGAUCUUUAACUUGCAUCAUAAAAUUAAUUCUUUGUGUCAAAAUGGUAUGCCAUUAUCUGAUUAUUAUCACAAGUUAAAUGCUCUUUGGAAACAGUUUGAUGCUUUGGUGCAACUGCCUAGAUGUACUUGUCAUGCUGCUUCUGACUUUGCUAAACAUACUCAGUUAAUGAAAUUUAUGCAAUUUUUAAUGGGACUAGAUGAUAUGUAUGUUAAUGUGAGAAGUACUAUCUUGACUAAAAAACCUUUACCUGAUCUUAAAACUGCUUACUCUAUCUUAUCUAGAGAUGAAUCACAUAGGGGUCUAUCUUCUGCUCCUUCUCAAAAAUCUCAGUCUUCUGCCUUUCUUUCUACAGUUAAUCAAACUAGAAAAGUUUCUUCUGGGAACACUUUUAAUAACAAAUACAAAUGCUUUAAAAAACUUACCAAAUCUGGAUGGAUUUCUGAUUCUGGAGCCAACCAUCAUAUAACUUUUUCAGAAGAUAAUUUAGUAGAUGUUUUAGAUAUUUCUGCUUUAAAAAUUAAGGUUGGUCAUCCAAAUGGUACUUCUGCUUAUAUUAAAAAGAUUGGCAAUCUUCAAGUAACUGACUAUUUAACCUUGUUUGAUGUUCUUGUUGUUCCUGAGUAUUGUGUUCAAUUGCUUUCUGGUUUGAAAGCAAUGAAAGUUCUAGGAACUGGUAAACAAAGUGGUGGUCUCUAUUAUAUUGAUGAAUGUGUUGAAGGUAUAAAUAGGCUUGUUACUUGUAAUGUGUCUCAACUAACUUGGCAUAAUAGAUUAGGACAUCCUGCAGAAUCUGUUAUGAAUAAGUUACAUUUUGAACUUCAAAUUAAACAUGACUCAAAGUUUGCUUGUGAUAACUGCUUUCAUGCUAAACGAACCAGAAAUAUUUUUUAUAAAAGUGAUCAUCAUUCUAAAAAGAUUGGUGAACUUGUUCAUCUUGAUGUGUGGGGUCCAUAUAGAAUCACUUUAAGAGGUGGUUUUAGAUUACCUUCUACGGUGCUAAAUGGAAAGUCUCCUUAUGAAAUGUUUUCUAAUAAAAAACCUGAUCUCUCUCACCUUAGAUCUUUUGGAUGCUUAUGUUAUUCAAAAAACUUAAAUACGUUUGACAAAUUUGCUAGUAGAUCUACUAAAUCUGUUUUAAUUAGGUAUUUAAGUACAAAGAAAGGUUAUAAAUUGUUAUCUCUUGAAGAUAUUAAAAUAUUUUUUGCAAGAGAUGUUAAGUUUUUUGAAAAUGUAUUUCCUUUAAAUGCAAAGUUUUUAAAUAAAACCUCUGGUUCUCAAGUUGAAUUGGUAAGUAAUGAGGAUCAGUUGAAUUUUUAUGAAUCAUUUGAGCAUCCUCAGUCUUCCAAUGAUGAAGUGAGAGAGACUACUGAUAUUGGAGAUGGCAGCAACCAUUCUCAUGUUGAUAAUGUUCAUAGGAACAGUAUGAAUGAGAAUCUGGAUGCUGCAACUCAUGAUGAGAAUGAUAAUAGGUCUGAGGAAAACCUCAUUAUUAAUAACGAGGACAUGAUUGAGGAUGUUAUAAAUGAUGAAUUAGUUGCAAAUGAGCAACAAAAUGAAGUUUUUUAA